AAAUCAUACACAAGAGAGUGCAGCAAUUGCCCCUCUAAACCCAUCUUCACUACAUACUCACUUACUCACUCUCUUUUGUAUAUAUUUAUUUUACGAAAUCCUCAUUUUUUGAGGAGGGAGAGAAAGAAAAUUCUUAUAAUGACGAUGGGUGAUGGUGCUGCCAAAAUAAACAACCACCAUGUCUACGACGUCUCCAUAGACGUGCUAGGCCAACAACCGUCUACAUGCUUCGAUGAUGAUGGCCGUCUCAAAAGAACAGGGACUGUAUGGACCGCAAGUGCACAUAUUAUAACAGCAGUGAUAGGUUCAGGAGUGCUCUCCUUAGCAUGGGCUAUAGCUCAGCUUGGCUGGAUCGCCGGUCCGGCCGUGAUGUUCUUGUUCUCCUUUGUUAUCUACUACACUUCCACUCUUCUAGCCGAUUGCUACCGUUCUGGUGAUCCGAUUUCGGGCAAGAGAAACUAUACUUACAUGGAUGCUGUUAGGUCCAACCUUGGUGGUGCACAUGUGAAAUUAUGUGGACUAAUUCAGUAUGUGAACCUUUUCGGCGUUGCCAUAGGAUACACAAUUGCAGCUUCUAUCAGUAUGAUGGCGAUAAAACGAUCAAACUGCUUCCAUGACAGUGGAGGGAAGAACCCAUGUCACAUGUCAAGCAACCCUUAUAUGAUAGCAUUUGGAAUUGCAGAAAUUAUAUUCUCUCAGAUUCCUGACUUUGAUCAAAUUUGGUGGCUCUCAAUAGUCGCGGCUGUUAUGUCUUUCACUUACUCUGCCAUUGGACUUGCUCUAGGAAUUGUUCAAGUAGCAGCUAACAAGAGUUUCAAGGGUAGUUUCACUGGAAUAAGCGUAGGAUCAGUGACCGAAACACAGAAGAUUUGGAGGAGCUUCCAAGCUCUUGGUGAUAUCGCCUUUGCUUACUCUUUCUCAAUCAUUCUUAUUGAGAUCCAGGAUACUGUGAGAUCACCUCCUGCAGAAUCCAAGACAAUGAAGAAAGCCUCAUUCAUAAGUAUCGCGGUAACAACACUAUUCUACAUGCUCUGCGGAUGUAUGGGCUAUGCCGCGUUUGGUGAUCUUGCACCAGGAAAUCUCCUUACUGGUUUCGGUUUCUACAACCCCUUUUGGCUCCUAGACAUAGCCAAUGCAGCCAUAGUAAUUCACUUAGUUGGAGCAUACCAAGUCUACUGCCAACCUCUCUUUGCAUUCAUCGAAAAAUGGGCAGUCCAAAGAUGGCCUGACAGCGAUUUCAUCACUAAAGAUAUCAAAAUUAGAAUUCCGGGUUUAAGGCCUUACAGUCUAAACCUCUUUAGGUUGGUGUGGAGAAGUGCAUUUGUGGUGUUAACCACGCUUAUUUCGAUGCUUCUCCCUUUCUUCAAUGACAUUGUAGGACUACUUGGAGCACUCGGGUUUUGGCCUUUAACCGUGUACUUCCCUAUAGAGAUGUACAUUGCUCAAAAGAAGUUGCCAAAGUGGAGUACAAAGUGGGUGUGUCUUCAAAUGUUGAGCUUGGCUUGUCUAGUGAUUUCGAUUGCUGCUGCUGCUGGAUCAAUUGCCGGUGUUGCUUCUGAUCUUAAGGUGUAUCGUCCAUUCAAAACUAGCUAUUGAUGCACGCGAUAGAUUCAUUGGAUCGAUUGAUUGAUCGACAUAGGAGAGUAGUCGAAAGGAAUUAUAUUUCAAUGUCCAUGGAGAGUCAUAUAUGUUGUUCAUGGGUGGUACAGAUGUGUUUUUAUUUUAUUUCAUUUUUAAGUCCUUUGUUUUUCUUCACUUAAUGUUGUAACAAAGUUUGCUAGUGUUCUUAAGAAAGGAAGGAACCCUAGCUUUUUAUGUGUAAUUAGUGUUGUACCUUGUAAUUAAAGAAUUGAGUAUCUACUCUAUUCUUUUGUCAAUUAAUUAGCAUUAAUUUUAAUUAUCUUAUCUAGUGUAUGAAGUGCUAAUAAUCCGUGCAAAGUUUGUUUGUGCAAAAUAUAGUUGUUUAUUUA